GAACUCACCCUCACCAAGAUGGCCGCCCUUUUACUCCGUUCUCUCCCCUCCCCACCGGCCCACGGCAUCAUCAGCCACGGCCAAAGCGCGGAUCUCGCCUCCUCCUCCUGCCGUGGUUGUGGUGAGAGAGAGAUUAUUAUUAUACGGUGAGUGGAAGAGAGAGAGAUUGUUACAUUAUUAUACGGUGUGGGAACGAGAGAAAGAGAGAGUGGGUUCGUGGUCGCGCUGUUUUGAGCGCCGCUCGUUAAAAGUUCCCAACUGAAUUCCGUAAUUCCCUCGCCCGCCAGUCGUUUCGUCCGUCCGUGCGUCCGUGCGGUGCGGUGCUGAGCGAGCCGAAGCCGGAGCCGGGGCGGUCGGUGAGGACGACGUCUCGGGGCCAGGCGAGCCGGGGCCGGGAGAGAGGGGCGGGCGGGCGGGCUAGUCAUGGCGUGCGUCGCGGUGGAGCUGCCGGAUCCCCGGGCUGACUUCGCAGCGUGGCUUGGCGCACACGGAGUCAAGGCGCCCUGCUUUGCCGAAGCCGUGGAGCGAGAGUUCGGCAUUGGGGACUAUGAUGACCUCAUGGCAUGUGCCGAGGACGAGCAGGUCAUGCUGGAGCUGUUUGCGAUGGCUCGGUGCCGGCUGCCCUUCGCACUCUAUGCUGCACUGCGCCGCGUCAUCAAGGCAUGCGUGCCCGCUCUCCCGCAAGCCCGCGCCGAGCAAGAGGCCGGCGUGGGCCUGAGGGGGCUGCUUGCCAUCAUCGUGGCCACGCUCAGCAGCCUGAGCCAGGAGCUGCUGCAGUCGGCACACAAGUUCAGUGCCCUCGACCCCACGCUAGGCCAACAGUGGAGCACUGGCGACGGAUAUAAUGGAGACGCGGCCAGCCCAGAUAGUGAUGGGGGUGUGAGGCUGGACGGGUUUGUGUCGCCCAUGCCUUACGAGGACAACGCCGUGAGAAUCAAGACUGAGGACUGCAAAGAUGAAGCUGUGGAGGAGGAGGUGGUGGAGGAGGAGGAACUGCAUGGGGAAGGGACAUUUGCACCCGUGUGGGACCCAGCAGAAUUUGGCGCCGCCAUCAAUGAUGACUACACAGUACGCGGGGAUGAGGGCGUGGACAGGAUGUGCAUCACCAAGGAGGAUGGCCACGGCAGUGCUGACGAUGCUGAAAGAGAUGAAGCCUUGCUACUGAGGCCUCCCCCGCCCCUCUCAAGGUCUCCACUACCCAUGACUACACUGCCUGGGCCGUCGUCCUCUCUGCCACCGCUUCCACAGCCGCCCCUGACGCGGCCACCCCUGUCAGGCCAGGAGGCCAUGCAUCAGCAGUACAUGUACGUGAUCCAGCUCAUGAAGAGCUCAGCUGCGGGAGGCGGACUGGACAGUGGCGGUGGUAGUGGUAGCGGAAGCAGUGCGGGCAGCAUUCGGCCGUUCGCUCCGUCGGUCAAGGAGGCCUUCGCCAGCCGGUGGUCAGCUCCCGAUGGCGGAGCAGCAGCAGGCGGAGGAGGAGAGGAGAGAGAGGUGACGAGAGGGGGUGGCCAGCUCCCGCCAGAGAGGCUGGCGUCACCACUGUUGCUGCCGCCGCCGCUCGGAGCGCCGGGCGUUGUGAUCCGCAAGCCCUUCGUGUGCCAGCUGUGCGGCGAGGGCUUCACGCACUCGAGUGGGCUGUCGCGCCACAAGCGCAUCCACACCGAGAAGCUUUACAAGUGCCACGAGUGUGGAAAGGAGUUCCUGCUGGCAUACACGCUCAAGAGGCAUCGGCGCGUGCACAUGUGACAGUGGUAGAUGGGGGGGAUGGGAUGGGGUGGCAUUGGGUUAGAUGUGAAAAGCCUUGAUAAUGAUGGACUGUGUUUUCAUUUUGCUGUAGGCAUAGGAGGGGAUGUGAGAGGAGAAACGAAAGUUGAGUGAAAGGAUCUUACUGCACAAAGGAGUAGUAGGUGCUGCUUAGUUCCACUGGUGAUAUCUAUACAGUGGUCAAAAUUCUACAUUCCUAUGGAUGGUGCAUUUUGCUCGAUAGAAUGACCGCUAAAGAAUUAAAGCUUUCGUGACUGCAUAAAUUACUCAUUGGUUUUUUCGGUAAAGUCACGUAUGUAGGAAUACCAUAACAUUAUAUUUUUUCCUUAGGUGUGUUGAAUUCUCGUCUCUCAUCU